GGCAGUGAAGGCUCAGGAGCAGAGCCUGGGGCUGGUUCACAGCUAAACCCCUCCCUAGGGCAGCCCAGAGUAGGGCCUUAGCUUCUGGCGAGUCCACAAGCCCUGCCGGGGCCCUGCUUGUUGGCCUGACCCCUCCCUCACCAGGCAACCAGCCAAGGCGAUUUCUGCUUCACCCGCUCAGUCACCAGCCUCAGGCUGCCCAAGAUGCCUCUGACACCAGAUUUAUAUCUUCUGGAUGGCUUCUCCAAAUCCAGCCCUUUGCCCGCCCCCUAGAGAAGCAGUGAAACCUCACAGCUAGUCCAGCUGGAAGAGCUAGAUUGCAAGAGCCGUGCCAUCUUCCUAACGUCGCCUCGGCCUUAGCUCCACAGUGGAGAGGGGGAGCCUAGCUGUGCUUGAUGGUGAAUGCCUGUUUUGAGAGUGUGAGUGGGAUCAUCUACGGUACAAUACUUGCAAAGCACAGCACUGUGGCUCUGGGGAACUGGUACGCCUGUGCUGUAACCAUGGUACUCACUCAGUCCUUCCAAAGUGUUUAUUAAUCAAGCACCUGUCAUGUGCCAUUGAGCCCACGAUGGGGAAUGAGGACGGUCCCUUCCCCCAUGAAGCUUGUGUCCUGUUGGGAGGACAGACAGGUGGCCCAGCAGUUGCAGCAUGGUGUGUGCACACAUUUGGUUGGUGGAACCAUGUUUCUACCACUCAUGGUCAAAAAAAGCCCACCAAAGUCAGCCUGGCGACCUCAGGUGCUUUUUUGGGCAAAGAUAGAUAGAACAGAAAUAAAUUUUAGUAAAUUAAUGGAGAUGAGCCGACUUUCCCACAGGUCUACAAGGAAUGUCACCUCACUCCCAGAUACAUGGGGGCAGAUGACCAUUUAGCCAAAUGCAGAGUGUGACACUGAUGAGGACUGCCUGGCUCUCCUCCCCAGGUCCAGGGCUUCCUCCCAGAACCUCAGGUGUUCCUGGGCUGGCCCUUGUGGCCCUGAGCUGGGCAGCACCUCAUCUCCAGGACCAUGGAUCAGCACGGUGUCCUCAUCCCACUUCAGCAGCGCCGGCUCAGCACCACCUCAGCACCGCUCCGCAGCCCCUGCCUGCCACGGUCAGCUGUGCCCCACCUGGUCUGCUGCGGAGUCCCCAGCCCAGUGUCUAGCCCAGUGGAGCCACCGCCUGUUCCUCAGGAAGGUUGAGUGGGACCUGACCGGCCAGGUUACCUCCUCCAAUCCUGUCAGGCUAGUGCCUCCCUGCCUCCCAACCUUGGCUCUCUCCCACCCUCUCCUUUCUUCUCCUUGCCUGGCCCCCUGAAUCCUAUCUUAGCCCCCUCAGCCCCCUGACUGACCCUCUCUCGCUCCUUCCAAGCCUCUGCAGCUGGCCCCCCUCCUGGGUUCUGGCCAUGAAGCCCACCUCAGGCCCAGAGGAGGCCCCGCGGCCGGCCUCCGACAUCCGCGUGUUUGCCAGCAACUGCUCGAUGCAUGGGCUGGGCCACGUCUUCGGACCAGGCAGCCUGAGCCUGCGCCGGGGGAUGUGGGCAGCAGCCGUGGUCCUGUCAGUGGCCACCUUCCUCUACCAGGUGGCUGAGAGAGUGCGCUACUACAGGGAGUUCCACCACCAGACUGCCCUGGAUGAGCGAGAAAGCCACCGGCUCGUCUUCCCGGCCGUUACCCUGUGCAACAUCAACCCGCUGCGCCGCUCGCGCUUAACGCCCAACGACCUGCACUGGGCUGGGUCUGCGCUGCUGGGCCUGGAUCCCGCAGAGCACCCCGCCUUCCUGCGCGCCCUGGGCCGACCCCCCGCACCGCCCAGCUUCAUGCCCAGUCCCACCUUUGACAUGGCGCAACUCUAUGCCCGUGCUGGGCACUCCCUGGACGACAUGCUGCUGGACUGUCGCUUCCGUGGCGAACCUUGUGGGCCUGAGAACUUCACCACGGUCUUCACCCGGAUGGGAAAGUGCUACACAUUUAACUCUGGUGCCGAUGGGGCAGAGCUGCUCACCACUACUAGGGGUGGCAUGGGCAAUGGGCUGGACAUCAUGCUGGACGUGCAGCAGGAGGAAUAUCUACCUGUGUGGAGGGACUAUGAGGAGACCCCCUUUGAAGUGGGGAUCCGAGUGCAGAUCCACAGCCAGGAGGAGCCGCCCAUCAUCGACCAGCUGGGCUUGGGGGUGUCCCCGGGCUACCAGACCUUUGUUUCUUGCCAGCAGCAGCAGCUGAGCUUCCUGCCACCGCCUUGGGGCGACUGCAGUUCAGCAUCUCUGAACCCCAACUAUGAGCCAGAGCCCUCUGAUCCCCUGAGCUCCCCCAGCCCCAGCCCUCCCUAUACCCUAAUGGGGUGUCGCCUGGCCUGCGAAACCCGCUACGUGGCUCGGAAGUGCGGCUGCCGAAUGAUGUACAUGCCAGGCGACGCGCCAGUGUGCAGCCCCCAGCAGUACAAGAACUGUGCCCACCCGGCCAUAGAUGCCAUGCUUCGCAAGGACUCAUGCGCCUGCCCCAACCCGUGCGCCAGCACGCGCUACGCCAAGGAGCUCUCCAUGGUGCGGAUCCCGAGCCGCGCCGCCGCGCGCUUCCUGGCCCGGAAGCUCAACCGCAGCGAGGCCUACAUCGCGGAGAACGUGCUGGCCCUGGACAUCUUCUUCGAGGCCCUCAACUAUGAGACCGUGGAACAGAAGAAGGCCUAUGAGAUGUCGGAGCUGCUUGGCGACAUUGGGGGCCAGAUGGGGCUGUUCAUCGGGGCCAGCCUGCUCACCAUCCUCGAGAUCCUAGACUACCUCUGUGAGGUGUUCCGAGACAAGGUCCUGGGAUAUUUCUGGAACCGAAGGCACUCCCAAAGGCAUUCCAGCACCAAUCUGCUUCAGGAAGGGCUGGGCAGCCAUCGAACCCAAGUUCCCCACCUCAGCCUGGGCCCCAGACCUCCCACCCCUCCUUGUGCUGUCACCAAGACUCUCUCCGCCUCCCACCGCACCUGCUACCUUGUCACACGGCUCUAGGCCUGCUGUCUGUGUCCUCGGAGCCCCACCCUGACAUCCUGGACAUGCCUGGCCUGCACGUAGCUUUUCCAUCUUCACCCCAAAUAAAGUCCUAAUGCAUCA